AAAGAGUUCCCCCCUGAGAAAUGCAUUAGGGCAGUCUUGGUUCUUUGGUGAUGGUGAUUAGCAUAAGAAAAAGAACGGUUCAGAUUUUAUGAUAACUCCUACUCGCGCCCUACACGUCCAGACAUUUGUCGUUGAUCCAGCAACGUUGGUUGGGUCACUCUGUCCAUAUAACCAAUCGAUCGGGAUGACUUUGGGUCCAGUCGGAUGUGGAAAGUCCACUCGAAAGCAGUUCGGUUCGGUUAUUACACGCGGUGUGACCAAAAAGUGCCGGGAAAAUGUGGCAAAAUUUAGUGGUGUUGGUUAUAUUUGUGAUCUUGUUUUGCUUACGGGAUAUGCGGAAGCCACUGCACUUUCCACCAGGGCCCAACUGGUUCCCACUGGUCGGCAGCGGCUUCGAAGUGUUGCGCCUCGUAAAGCACUUCAAAUUUUACCACCUGAUGUGGGCCGAACUGAUGCGCCGCUACGGUCCGAUCGUUGGCCUCCGCCUUGGUCGCGAUAGAGUCGUCAUUGUGUCCGGGCUGGACGCCAUCCGCGAGGUGUACUCAAAAGAUCAAUUCGAUGGACGACCGGACGGAUUCUUCUUUCGAAUACGUUCGUUCGACAAGCGGCUCGGAGUGGUGUUCACCGAUGGAGCCAAUUGGGAGAUUCAAAGGCGCUUCUCGGUCAAGACGCUGAAAUCUCUCGGAAUGGGGCGGACCGGAAUGGUGAACAGCUUGGAAAGGGAAGCCGAAGAGAUGAUCCAUCAUUUGAGGAAGCUCUCCAGAACGCAGAAGGUGAUUAGCAUGCAUAAUGCGUUCGAUAUUUCGGUGCUGAAUGCCAUUUGGACGUUGAUCGCUGGAAAGAGGUUUGAGCUGGAUGAUAAAAAGCUUGAAUGGGUUAUGGAAACGAUACAUAAGAGCUUUCGGGUCAUUGACAUGUCUGGAGGAGUGCUGAAUCAGAUUCCGCCCAUUCGAUAUGUGCUUCCAGAUAAGUCUGGAUUUGCUCCGUUGCUCAAUUUGUUGAGCCCCCUGUGGAAGUUUUUGCAAGGUACCAUCAAAUGCAUCCAAUCGAAACUCGAUCAGCCGGACAACCCGGAUUGUUUCAUCGCAUCUUAUUUACGAGAGUUAAACAACAACGAGCGACAUUCUUCAUUUACAAAUGAGCAACUCCUCUGCCUGUGCUUGGAUCUGUUUCAAGCUGGAUCGGAAACAACUAGCAAUACUUUGGGCUACGGAAUAGCCCACAUGCUGCACCAUCCCGAAAUAGUGCAAAAAAUCCAUCAAGAACUGGACAGUGUUGUAGGUCGCUAUCGACUGCCGUUGCUUUCGGAUCGUCCAUAUCUUCCCUACACAGAAGCAGUCCUGUGCGAGAUUCAACGGAUAUCCAACAUCGCCCCCCUUGCCAUUGCCCAUCGAACUGUGGCUCCUGUGCAACUAGGUACUUAUGUGAUUCCAAAGAAUACCAUAACACUGGUUUCGAUCUACUCACUGCACAUGGAUAAGACAUACUGGGGAGAUCCGGAAGCGUUCCGUCCGGAGCGUUUCCUCAGCGAGAUGGGAGAUAAAUUGAUUACGCAUGAGUAUUUCAUACCAUUUGGAUCAGGUAAACGAAGGUGCCUUGGAGAAUCGCUGGCCAAGUCGAGUUUGUUUCUGUUUUUCACUGCCUUUAUGCAUGCCUUCAUUGUUGAACCCGCAGAGGAGGGAAAACUGCCCGAGCUGGAUGGGAUCGAUGGUAUUACUUUGUCGCCGAGCCCGUACUACGUGAAACUCAAGGAACGUUUGAUUUAAG